AUGGCAGCGAACGAGGAGCCAAAAGGAGCGGGAGCGCUGAGGAAUGCCUUCGGAAAUAUUCUCUGUUUCUUCAUCCUUCUCCUCAUCGGAGUCAUUGCCUUCUCGAUCCGUCUCUUCUCCGUGAGUCUCCAUCCUUUUUUUGAUCGUUUAUUCCGAUAUAUCUUAUAUGCGGAACGCUAAAUAUCCUUCAUUUGGAUCUUUAAUUCGCACGUUCGCAUUGUCCAGAGUUGGUUGAUUUCGCCUGUAUUUCUUAUUUCGUGUAUUUUAUUUUUAGGUUAUCAAGUACGAGAGCGUGAUUCAUGAAUUUGAUCCCUACUUCAACUACAGGGUCACCCAGGUUCGAUCGCUAUAAUUUUCCUGACCCUCGUUUCCUUUUGUUGCGAACCGACGCUUUAAGUUUUUCACAAGUAUCUGUUUCAUAAUUCCCCCCCAUAUGUAUUGAUUAUGUCUGUUUACUUUCACGUGAUCUGCUGUUUUUAUUGAGAUCUUUGAAACUUGAAAGAUGACGACUAAGUUUUUUCAAUUAAGGGUAACAUGGAAAAUUGAAUGUGUGCAGAAAAUUUUAACAGUUAGCGAUGUACCUCCCAUCUUAAAGGGGUUCGUAGAGAAUAGUCAUCAAUUUUUUUAAGAUUUAUUUUGGAGUGGGCCAGUGAAUUCAUCUAAGAAACCAGCCAAGCCUAACAAUGCAGGACCCAGGAAAAUUUGAUCGACUCAGUUUUGCACCAGCCGGUAACUUCUACAAUUUUCAAAUAGUAAAGAUGCAUAUAUUUCAGUAGACGAACAAAUUUUCUUUCUCAAGGUGCUGCAGACAAAAGUUAAGUUGCCAACAUUGUUCUCCUGCACUUGUAAUCAUUCUCAGGUAGCCAGGAGUUAAAUAAAUCAUUGAAUUAAAUCAUGCAUUAUUUUUUUCAGUCCACGCAAUGAUCAGAACCCAGUAUUAUGAUACUUUAGACACAUAAUUGAAGAUAGAAAUGUGAAAACUUUUGUCGACGGAUGCUGUAGUCUAUCAAGCCAGUCCCUUCUGACGUUCCUACAUGUUUUCUACCAACUUUCAAGAUCCCUAUGGUGUGGAAGAAAAGGACCGAAGGCCUUUUUGGGUGUGGAAACUGUCGGGGAGAUGAGGCAGAGUUUGCAGUUGCACAGGGGAGGGGGAACGUGAUUCUCUAUCAUUAGCCAGAUGGAUGGAGAAUGUGUAAUGAAAUGGCUUCAAAGGUUGGGUUACAGGGAGGACACUCCACGGGUGAAUUUUUUUGAAUGCAAAAUAGCCAAGAAACAGAAACCUAUGGAGAAAAAAAUACAUGCACUUACCAUUCACAGAUAGGGUUAGGAAGAAAUGAUGUUUUAGUUGAGAAAAAGAUUUGGAAAAUCUUAUUCCGAGAAGACUAGUGUCGCACAGGUUUCUUUGAUUCUAUUUUUACCAAUUUUCUGUCCGAUCAGUUGAAUUUUGGAGUGGGUCGACCCAAAUGCAUAAUAUUACUCAGCUAUGAUGUGGGGUCCCAAGGUGAGUCUGAGAGGAUACAUACAAGAAUCAUGAUUCUUACGGAACCCUGGUCUCCUAAAGUUACAAAUAUGUAAAAAAGGAAGAAACGAUAUUCAAAUGGCAAAUGCUAUUUUUGUGUAAUCUUCCCAGAAGAUGUGGGUCAUCACUCCAUGCUAGCAAAAAAGGAAAAAGGGUCUUGGUUUUAAAGACGUACCAAAGUUCUGGAUUUCGAAGCUAAAAUUUAUUUAAAUUCAAGCAUUUCACGCAGCCCUGUGGAAUUUUUACGAGGGAAUUUCUUUCUGCACGGUAUUCUGUUAAAGGAAAACCUUAAACAUUGCAUAUGAUACAGUUUGGGAGUUAGAAGGACCAGUAACUCUCACAUAGAUAUUUUCUCCUUCGUUUUAGUGUUGUAGGUGGGAACAGUGGCAGAUUUUUAUAUGUUUGUUGUUCGUUUUCUUAUGAUAGUGCUUUUUUUUCCAUGUCUCAGAUACGUAACUUUUUUCUAGUGUUUCUAAUGUUGGUUGUAUCGCUUUAUGAGGAAAAUCGUUACUUGGAAACUCGUUUCCCUUCUGGCUAUAUGCUUUGUUUGAUUUCAGUGGAAUAUAAUUCCUACUCAAGUAGAACAUGGCUACCUUUCAACAGAAUAUUGAAUUUUUUUUAAUGAAACAGAAGGCAAUAAAUUUCUUGUGAAAUAUUCUGGCCGUCAUAUUUACUUAGAAUCUUUUCUUUUUAUAUUUUUUGACUAAUUAGUUGAUAUGUUUCAGUUCCUAACAAAGAAUGGAAUUUACGAUUUCUGGAACUGGUUUGAUGACCGAACUUGGUGAGAGAACAAUAUAUAUAGAUGCUUAGUUAAUUCAUAUGCUCUUUAUAAUCUGAUGCCACAAUAGUUACUGUGUUUCUGAGGGUGAUACUCUGUUAAUUUGUCAUAAGGUAUCCUUUAGGUCGUGUGAUUGGGGGAACUGUAUACCCUGGGUUGACACUAACAGCUGGCUCCAUGUGGUGGUAGGGUUCUCUUAUAUUUUAACAAUAUAUCUCGUUUACUUUUUGAUUAAAAUUCAAUAAACAUUUUGUGAAUAAAUAUUUGACCUACUUUCAUUUCUGUUGCAGGAUAUUGAAUUCUUUUAAUAUCCCUCUGUCAGUGGAAACGGUCUGUGUGUUUACUGCUCCAGUUUUCUCUGCUAAUGCGGCUUGGGCCACAUACCUUUUGACAAAGGUUUUCCUCUUGUAAAUAUUUUUCUCCUUGUAUUAUAUUUUAUUAUGAGAACUCUUAUUACGGUAUGAAAUGUUUUUGCUGUACGCAGUAACGCCAGUGUCCUUUUUGCAGGAAGUCAAGGGCACAGGAGCUGGGUUAACUGCGGCACUUCUUCUGGCUAUGGUAGCUUAUCCCCAUGCUUGAGAAUUUGAAGUUAUCAAUCUCUUAUUCCUUGUUGAAUUAACAACCGUUUAUUUUAUUAGGAAACUUGUGGACGUAAAAUACUUUAAUGAGAAUCUAUGGAUUUCAGAAGCCAUUCACGGAGAGAUUGUGGCGUUUUAUCAAAUGUUUACGUUUCAACUUUUCUCUUCCAGCCCAUUUCUGCAUUUGAAACCUAUCUUUCAAUCCCCUUUUUUAGUCCCACUAUUAUUUGAAUUGACUUGAGCAUGCUUUCCAAGAAAUCCCUGGGAAAAAAAUCAAAGAUAUCUCGGUGAGAUUGUUACCGUGAUUUACACCAUACCUCUGACAUCCUCAGUCAAGUGGAGGAGAUGCCUAUAUUAGCAUUAUUUCAGGACCUUGAUUGCCGGCACUCACUACUUGGACCAAGUUGACAUUCCAAUUCGAGGGUGUACAUUCAUCACUGUGAUCUCAUGUAGCUCGGGAUUCUAAUUUUCAGCAUCUGUACUUUUUUAUUUUGCUAGCAGUGGGUCAGCACGCCUACUAUUUCUUUUCUUACUUGCUGUGAAUUUUUUUUGUGGGCAUUUUUUCAUUUAUGGUUUGAGGUUUUGAGAUUUGAUUAUUUUUUUUAAUGCUUCUAAUUGAAUUACAGGCAAUGAGCCUUACUUUCAUGGCUUGUUACUUAGAGAAUUAAGAUGAACCUUAACAUGCCAGUCUGGGCUGGUUGUCAGGCUUUCUCUGUCGAACUGCUUGUUAAAUUAGUCAGUAUUGAUGAGAAUAACAUCUCAUAUCGUAUGUCUAUAUGAAGCUGUUAUUGUUAUUUACUCUACUACUGAUGUUAGCAUUUCUAUGUGCCAUGAUUCAUAUCAUACUUAUGAUUUAUUUUCUCUGGAGUUUAAAUUCAUUAUUUUCAUGUAGGUUCCCUCCUAUAUAUCACGGUCAGUCGCUGGCAGCUAUGAUAAUGAAGCCGUGGCAAUAUUUGCUUUGAUAUUCACAUUUUAUCUUUACAUAAAGGUAAAUAUGAACUCAAGGUUUUGAUGCAUAAAUUACAAAUGUAUUAAAGUUACGUCAACCAUUUAGAUAUCCUUCUGUUUUAGAUUUUUAUUUUCGUAUGUAUAAGUCCAUUGUUUUUCUCAUGGUAAUCAUUUACCAUUGUUUUUCAGACAUUGAACACUGGAUCUCUCUUCUAUGCUACGUUGAAUGCUCUAUCAUACUUUUACAUGGUAAGGAUGGGCUGCUGAGAUUUAAUCACGUUUCCUGUUUUUCACAAUGAUCUUAUUGCUAUUUUGAAUUUUAUUUUCAGGUAUGUUCGUGGGGAGGCUAUACCUUCAUCAUUAACUUGAUUCCUAUGCACGCUCUUCUUUGCAUUGUGACAGGCCGUUACUCUUCUCGACUGUACAUUGCUUAUGCUCCUCUUGUAAGUACUGUACAGGUUACUUUAGAAAUGAGUUUGCAUUCAUGUUUUUUUGUUUGCCCACCUUUUGAUUUUAUACAUCUUAAAUUAUGUGAUGGAGGGACAUAUAUAUUUGUGCUUACUGCCUAGAAAUUCUUAAAUUAUCUGAUAGAGGGACAUUUCCAUAAGGUCUUCUUGAUUCUAUUUUCUGUGGCUGCAGGUUGUCCUUGGUACGCUGCUAGCAGCCUUGGUUCCUGUUGUUGGUUUUAAUGCGGUGAUGACAUCAGAACACUUUGCGUCUUUUUUGGUUAGCUCCUUAUCUUUAUGGCCGAACACAGCCCACAUUCAAUAAAAUUUCAUUUGAAGUUAACAAGUUUUUGCGAAACUUUAGUGCCAUUGUAACCUUUCUUAGAAAAGUAGUCUGUAGCAUCUUAUUGUUAGCGAAAAAAUAAUGCAUCCAUGACGACCAAUGUAUACCUGAGUUAUACUAACCACCACAAACUAGUACGGUCAUUAUCCUUUGGUUGUAACCCAAUCAUGAUGAUCAUUUUCUCAUCCCGAUUCUAUUUGUGCAAGGCUAUCGCAUUUUUUAAGAUCCUCUUAAAACAUGCUAUUUUGAUCUCUCCCUUUAUGUUGCAUGGCUGAUUCCUCAUCAUUUGAAUGGAGUUUCUCUCUCGCAUCCAUAGUUUUCUCCUCUUGGAGAAAACCAGCUAAGAACAUUUUCCCAGAACUCUAAAUUGUGGCUCAAGCCGUGCACACCUCAGGUGGAUCACACUUUGACAAUAACUACUGCCUCUCUAGCUACGAACUUCUUAAUCUCUGAGGUUUUCUUAGCAGAUGCCAAGAGUUUCUGGUAUGACAGGUCGCGGUCAUUGAGUACCUAUGUGAAAAACUGCAACUUUGGGAUAGUAACAUGGAGGAAUUUGAUGGCGUAGAGGUUGAAUCCAUUCUUUGAUUUGACCCAUGUAAAUUUAGGGUAAUUAUCAUUAAGAAAAAAAUGGCUUUACAGAUAUUUUUUUUGGUGAUAAGUUUGCUGUAUUUUUAUGGUAUGUCUUCAAUUUAGGUGCUCCCUCAUCUUGGGUCUAUCAGUUUUUCAUGCUAUUUUUUUUCUUCUUUUAAAUUAUGCUGAUGAUAUAUCCACGUGUAAAACUUUUACUGUAUGUUUUUUCUUUGGUUUUUGCACUUUAUCUCAUUUUCGUCUCACAUUUCUUCACAUCCAGGUGUUCAUUAUUAUCAAUGUGGUGGCUCUUGUGUACUAUAUCAGAGGAAUUCUUUCACCGAAGAUGUUUAAAGUGGCUACAACACUUGUCGUGACCCUUGGCAUGUAAGCAUUUGUCCUGUUACAUCGUUCAUCUUCAACCUUUAACACAUACAGGUCAAAAAAGAACGCAUGCGUUAGAUAAUUUGUUAUAAUCUCUGUCAUAUAAUUGUUUCUAUGGCACUAGCUAAUUUUUCUGGGUAACAUUGAAAGUUAAAGAAACAUAGUUUCAAUGACGCCCAAACUUCGUGAUAGUUAUGAGGACAUUUGGAUAUUUUUUCUAAUCAGUGUAUGCUGAAUUUUUUUCUUUUCAGUACUGUUUGUGUUGCAGUCGUUGCUGUGCUUGUAGCAAUGGUGGCUUCCAGCCCAACAAAAGGAUGGAGUGGCCGUAGCUUGAGUCUUCUUGACCCGUAAAUACUUUCCUUUGCAUGUAUAACUAUGUUCCAUUUCAAUUCGUUCUUUGAACAUCAUACAUAUAUAAGCAUAUAUUGUAUACAUAAAAUAUUGCAUUUAUUGGUUUGCCUGUAAUAUUAAAAAUUAGAAGAGAAAACAAAUCUUAAUUUGAUGCCUUCCAUCUUUUUAUACUUGGUGAAUAUGUUUUCGCACAGAUACACGCAUACAUACAUAUUUACAGACCAUACAAUGAUAGAAAAUUAUUAGUUGACAAAUGAAUGUUGGGAGGGAGAUGUUAGUGUGACGCCUUAGUCUAGAUCUGAUGGCUCUUUGAGGGAUUUAGCUAGACAUGGAAUGAUUUGUCAGGAGCUGUGUUGGAGAGCCUUUCUUUGAAACAUGUAAACUUGCUGUUUUUUCUUCUUAGAAGAGGGGGAUAAUCGUUGGUUUUGUUAACCAUCUUUAUGUUCACCCACAUGGAGAAUUUCUGAGGUAUUCUCAUUAGUUAACUUCCUUCACAUUUAUGCAAUUGAUUUUUGGUUUGCUCGACAAGUUUUGAGGUCAACAACGGGUAGAUUUCGAGUUUAGGUGUUUUUUCUCUGCAUACAAACAUGGUACGUUUCUAAAAGCAUUUCUUAGUGGAAACAAUGCUACCUUAGUUGAACGAAUGACAAACACGUCGAAGAGCAAGUUUAGAUGCAUAGUAGAAGCAAUAUCUCCCAUUGGGUCAUGAAAAGUGUGAAAAGAUGCAAGUUAUGAGAUCCUUUCGCUGAAGCCAAGUACCCCAUUUUCUAUACCAGAAAAAGAAAAUUUCAUCGUCGGUUCAGGAUUUAAUUAAGUAUGAUGGAUUGGAUCAUACCAAUAUGAAUAAUUUUAUUCCGAAGCAUUUUGCAUAGCUAUUUAUCUCAGGUCUAAAUACCCACAUUUCUUUUUUUGUAUAUAUGGGCAUUUUUUUAAAGUGAGGUGGGCCUGUUGGGUAUGAUAAAUGGGAGAGAAUUGACAUCCGCAAAUUAGCUGGUAUUUUUUCUGUUUUUUACAAUAAUAAUUUUGGUGGCUUCUUUCAACUAUUUUAUAUGAAGUCGUUUAUUUAGACAGUGGGAUGCAAAUGUGGUCAAAUCAGACGACUUGGUAACGGCCUCCUGUGUUGUUGGUUAACGAAAACACAAUGAUUUUCCUAACUGUGAUGAUAUUAAUUUAUUAGAGUGAUCAAUAGCUGUCCUUUUAUUUUAGCUUUAAAUCUUAUUCUGAGGUUCUGUUUCUUUGAUUAUGGCAGUACUUAUGCAAGCAAGUAUAUCCCUAUCAUUGCUAGUGUUAGUGAGCAUCAGCCACCAACAUGGCCAUCGUACUUCACGGAUAUAAAUGUCUUGGCAUUUUUGGUUCCGGCGGGCAUCAUUGUAAGUGUAAAUUAAGUUACAUUUUUUUUCCUCCUGGUAAUUUGAGAAGAAUGUGAAUAUUAUACUGAUUUAAAAAUUAGUUAGGAGGGGCAUUAUUCAUGUACUUUGAUUAAUAUAAAGAGUUUAGUAAAGGUUACUAUCAGCAGUUUUGGCUGAACGAUUCCAGGCAGGAGAAUCUAUCCUUUUUGUUUGUCUUUGAGAUCUUCAAGAGAGAAUUCUGCAGGGUUUUCAAGAGAGAAAAAAGAAGACGUGCUGCGGUGAUUGCCAGGGUUUCUGCCUUUUUCUAAUUUGCUUUAUUGCUUUAGGAAAGUAGAGAAGGGUUGUUUUCCUCUUUUCAUUUGCUUUAUUCAUUGUGCUCUUUUUUGGGGAUGGACUUCUCUAAUGGGUAGCUGUGAUCUUUAUUCAUUGUGCUCUAAUGGGGAUGGACCACUUUUUUAAAGACUAUUUCUCCUGUCUUUACUAUGCCCUCAUCUUGUUCGGCAGGGAUGCUUUCUACCUCUCUCCGAUGCAAGCUCGUUUGUGAUCUUGUAUCUAGUAACAUCAGUAUACUUCUCUGGAGUGAUGGUAAGGAGAAGGCUGAUUCCCUUGAACCUUCGUUAGUGAGUUAAUUUCUUUUUAACAGCUACAAGUUAAUUUCAGGUGCGCCUCAUGCUGGUGCUGGCUCCGGCCGCUUGCAUCAUAUCAGGAAUUGCACUUUCUGACAGCUUCAACAUUCUCACACAAUCAAUAAAAGUUCAUCUGGGCAAAUUACUCAGUAGUGCAUCUGUUGUAUGUCCCUUUUUUUUAUUAUUGACUUUGUUUCUUAGGUCACUUUUCUUGGUAAUCCUCGGCUUCCAGUCGGAAUUUAAUGUUAUUUAUUGAUAUUUAAGGCAGGAGAUAGUACGUCUGAGAAUUCUGCAAGUCAAACUGAACCAAAGGCGAGCAAGCACACGCCUGGUGAGAAAUCUGAAGAAAUCACAAAGGAAAAACAGCCGAAAAAGAACAGAAAGAAGGAGAAGGAAAAGGAAAAGGGAACUGUAGAAAAGGUUUCUAACAAGAAACAGUCGGAAAAGAGGGCUCUUAUUUUGCCUCUUGAAGUCUCUGUUGUUGCUAUCCUCUUGAUUGUUCUCCUGGGGGCCUUUUAUGUGGUACGUACUCCUUUGCUAUCUAUUCAUGCCGUAGAACAGUGUUAUUUGCGUAAACUAGCUAUAUUUUGGCACACUUUACUUCAUAUACCAUGCAUAAAAGAUGGCAUUUCCGAUCUAAGGUUGCCUUUUUUAACUUCUCUGUUUCCUUGGCUCAUUGAACAGCCACUUAAUCUGGGCAAUCUUUCUUGCAGAUUCACUGUGUUUGGGCUGCAGCGGAAGCUUAUUCGGCCCCUUCCAUUGUUCUGACCUCACAUUCACAUGACGGCUUGCAUGUGUUUGAUGAUUUCCGUGAAGCUUAUGCAUGGCUACGGCACAACACUGAGGUGGAUGAUAAGGUGAGGCUCUCCAAAGUCUUUUCAUCAUUUCUUGCUGUUUCUUUUUUCUGUGAGUGUUAACGUAGUUAACCUUGCUGUGUCACGGAGUUCUGGUUGGCUGUGACCGAAAGGUUUACUCUGCUAAGUGUUUUUUUGUGAGAUAGACUUCGUAGUCUGCUGGUUUGAGUCCAUCAGGUUUAAGCUUCUCUUUUAUAUCUUAAAAGGGCUGCGGUGUCAUGAACUACAUCAAGAUUUGACUUUUAGCACGAGAGGCGUGGCCUCUCGGGUUGUCCCUCAUUUAUGUCGAGUCAACGGAUGCAAAUUGAUUCUACCAGUGGUUCGGCUUCCAUGUUGUGUUCAUAUUCCCUAGGUCUCAUUGCCCACCUAUGCCUCAAUCACAUGAGAAGUAUGGAUUCGGUUCCUCCUGUUCAUCAUGAUGAGCUCACAUUCUAGGACUAAUUUUGAUACAAUCAGAGCUUAUCCAUUUUCAUGGCCGCAUAGUUGAUUUUCGCAUCACUUUCUAUUUUUAUUCAUCUUUCUAAAAAGAAAAAAUCUGGCGUCAAUUCUUUGGGAAAUCAAGUUUGUGGAGAAUCGUCUCUUCUUUAACGGGGGAAUACUGCAGAACUUUCAUAUGUUUCUACGCAUCUGCCAUUGAUGAUUACCUUUUCUAGUACUUGGAAGCUUAUCGGAGAGGGGUCUGGUUGCAGGUGGCAUCUUGGUGGGAUUAUGGUUACCAGACCACUGCCAUGGCUAACCGCACUGUUAUAGUCGAUAACAAUACCUGGAACAACACCCAUAUUGCUACUGUUGGGACGGCCAUGUCUUCCCCAGAGAAGCAAGCUUGGGAGAUCUUUAACUCUCUGGACGUCAAGUACGUUCUUGUUGUCUUCGGAGGUAUGCUCCAAUCCCCUCCCCUCCGAUGAUUGAUUUGAGCUAAGAGAAUUAGGGUUCUUCAAAACGCGUUCAUGGAAUUCAGGUCUCGUGGGCUACCCGAGCGAUGAUAUUAACAAAUUCCUAUGGAUGGUUCGGAUCGGAGGGGGCGUCUUUCCUCAUAUCAAGGAACCUGAUUAUCUUGUAAGCAUCCUCAUAUCAGGGACUCUCUCUCUCUUCUCUCUCUCUUUCAUCUCAUAGAUGGGUUAUAUUUCAUAUUUCUUACCUUUUAUGUAUAUCUGUUUUCUAGAGAGAUGGUCAAUACAGGAUCGACUCCCAGGCCACACAGACGAUGUUGAACUGUCUCAUGUACAAGCUCUCCUAUUACAGGUUCUUGAGACGGCUUCAGCUGAAAAGACGUUGACUUGUCUGCAUCUGUCCGGUCUUACCUUUUAUAUCAUUUCACUGUUUUUCCUUCUUUUUUUUUUCCCUCUCAGGUUUGUGGAAACCGAUGGCAAAGGCUUCGACAGAGUCAGGAGGACCGAAAUCGGGAGGAAAUACUUCAAGUUGACCCACUUUGAGGAGGUUGGGUUCUUCUUCUCGAGCUCUGUUUGACUCAAAAGUCGAACUCUCUGAUGAAGAAAAAUAGAGAAACAUUUCCGAUUCGUUUGUUCUUCUUCUCAGCCGCCGUUUUUAUGUGCUGAACCUGCCGUUUUCUCAGGUCUUCACGACACAUCACUGGAUGGUGAGGAUCUUCAAGCUGAAGCCGCCGAAGAACAGGAUCCGCGGCAAGGUGAAGAAGUCAAAAUCGGUAAGUCAAAUCAGGAAAAAAAGAAGAAGUCAUUUUUUCAUGCCAUAAUGCGGAUAGUAUGAAGGAUUGAUCGGUUCCCCCGCUGACAUUUGCAGGGUUCGAAGUCAAAUGCGGCGAACAAGAUAGAAGCAAAGGGUAGGCAGAAUCCAUGGCAUUGA